CUUUCAGGACAAAUAGAAAAAACCUGAACUAUUAUCUCAUAUUAAUCCCGUAAAUUCCAUUACGUCUUAAUAUAACUUACUGCAUCAGCAUCAACACUUUAUAAAUAAUGGCUAGCCUUAUCAAGAACAAGCUUCCUGGCUACAAUCCUCAGGCAACUACUAUUGAUUAUGAAGAACUCGAGGAGAAGUUUCAAAUCCAUAAAUAUUACCCAAAAUAUUUCCAUAACUAUGAUUAUUCAACACCUGUAAUCAAGGACUUGAUAGCCAAUAAGCCUAUUUAUUCUAAAGCAAACGAUCAUGUCAAGAGAUCUGCAGCUCGACAAGCGGUGUCAGAUUCACUUGAGGUUGAAAAGGGAAACAUCCCAUCAUGUAAAGAUCGUAGAAAGGAGAAGAGGAUGUUACACAAGGUUCUUAAGGAAGAGAAAAAGGAACUUAAAAAGGACCAAAGAGAAGAAAAGAAGGAGCUUCGUAAGGAACAUCGGGUAGAAAUGAAUACACUUCGUCAUGAUCAAGGAGUUAUAAAAAGGGGGAAUGAACCCGCCACUUCAGUUAAACUUUGCAAAGAUUGGGAUAAACCCUUAGCAGACCCGGUACCAGUAGAGAUUCCAGUAACCAACAAUAAUAAGGCCACUAAUCAUGUUCCAAUGAGAAACUCUACUGGUAGAUAUCCCGAUGAUACGGGGCUUCAAUUUAAAGAUCCUUUUGAUUCUGCAGCAACUUUGAUCCCCCACGAUUCAUUCACUCGUCGCAGUGUGAAGUCUCGUAAUAAUUCCAUUGCUACAAAGUUUAGAAGUCUUUUGAGAUCAGAAAAUAGUGACGGAUCAGGAUCCCCUACAAGAACAUCGUCCUUGGCAUUACAUACAUCGUCUUCAUACGAUCAAACUAGACUGAACAUGACCAAGAGCAGAACAAAAUCAUUAUUUAACAAAUUGAAAGUCAGUGAUGGCAGAAGACAAAGCGAACAAGUUGUAGAAGUUGUCACAGAAACCGUUAAUAAUGGACGUACUGGGGAACCAGAAACCAUACAAUACACCCAAUCUCAAAUGGUUGGUCAUGGUUCAUUUGGGGUUGUUUUUCAAACUCAAUUAGUCCCAUCAAAUGAAAUUGCAGCAAUAAAAAGAGUCUUACAAGAUAAAAGAUUUAAAAAUAGAGAACUUCAAAUUAUGAAAUUAGUUCACCAUAGAAAUAUUGUUGAUUUAAAACAUUAUUUUUAUACCAAUAAUGAAAAAAAUGAACUUUAUCUUAAUUUAAUUCUUGAAUUUGUUCCGGAAACAUUAUACAAGGCUCUGCAUUAUUAUGUUUCCAAAAGAUUACUGAUGCCUUCACUUGAAGUCAAGUUGUAUACUUAUCAAAUGUUGAGAGCUCUUAAUUACAUCCAUUCUCAAGGGAUUUGUCAUCGUGACAUUAAACCACAAAAUUUGUUAAUUGAUCCAACCAGUGGUGUAUUAAAGCUUUGUGAUUUUGGUUCUGCCAAAAUAUUAAACCCUAAUGAACCAAAUGUAUCAUAUAUCUGUUCUCGUUAUUAUAGAGCUCCUGAAUUGAUUUUUGGUGCUACCAACUAUACCACCAAGAUUGAUGUCUGGUCAGCAGGUUGUGUUAUGGCUGAAUUGAUUUUAGGACAACCACUUUUCCCAGGUGAACUGGGUAUUGAUCAAUUGGUUGAAAUUAUCAAGAUUCUUGGAACUCCAUCUCGAGAUCAAAUAAAAAACAUGAACCCAAACUAUGUUGAGUACACCUUCCCACAAAUUAAACCAAUCCCAUUAUCUAAGAUUUUUAGAAAAAUGUCAUCUGAUUGUAUUCAAUUUUUGAGCAGAGUUUUACAAUAUUCACCUGUUGAUAGAGUUUCAUGUAUUGAGGCAUUGUGUGAUCCAUACUUUGAUGAAUUGAGAAGUGAGGAAACAAAGCUACCAAAUUAUAGAAAGUUAUUUUCCCAACAACAAAACCAAAGCUAUAAUCAUAAUAACAGUUCAAAUUCUUAUUCUUCCAACGCAGCAAAUUAUCAAUUAUAUGAAUCACAACCUGAUUCAAGAGAAUUACCAGAAUUAUUUGAUUUUGAUGAUCGUGAAUUUUCAGUGAAUACGGAUUUAAAUCAUCAUUUAGUUCCAGAUUUUGCAUUGGGGAGAAUAAAUUUGAGAAGUGGGAAAAAAUCCUUAGAUGGAUUCAUUCCGUUGACUGCUGAAGAAUUAAAAGUAACUCUUGAUUAAGUGUAUGUAUAUUAUAUAUGUAUAACCUACCAAUCUCACCUGGUUGCACGUACUUUGUAAUAUUAUCAAGUACGAUGUUUACCCUUUACAUGUGAUGACGAAUAUAAAUAA